AUGGCGUACAGGAUCUUGGUUGGGGGGUAUAGCACCCUGCUCACCACUCUGCUCUUCAACCCGUAUGUCAGCCCUCCGACGUUGGAGAUCUUGAACCAGUCUCCAAGCGGGAUAAACGCUUCCUGGCUCGCACCACAUCCCACGAACUGCUCCAUUGUCUUCGGAUCCCAAGAAAUCGAUGCUGGCGGGGUAGCCAGCUUCCUCAUCCAGCCGGAUGGGUCAGCCAGGAUCGUCAGCAACGUCAGCACGUACGGCAGCGCUCCGGCGUACGUUGGCGUGCUCAGCAAUCUACGCGAUGUCGUAGCGAUGAACUAUAACUCUGGCAACGGCGCCGUCAUCCCGCUCGAACUGGACGGUGUCACGCUCACUUCCCCGCCUCCGCAGGGGUUGGUGGCCUUCAACGGCUCCGGGCCCAACCUUGCCCGGCAAACGAGUGCCCACCCGCACAUGGUCUUUCAGAACGGCGCCACGAACAGCCAAGAGCUGCUCGUUCCUGAUCUCGGCUCAGAUAAGGUCUGGCGGCUGACGAGCACUGCUCCCAACACGUAUAACAUCGCGGGCUACAUCCAGCAGCCACUCGGUUCCGGACCGCGGCACGGUGUCCUCUACACCCCUCCUCUGCCCGACGAUGACUUCGAGUCUCCCACCACCUACCUGUACAUGGUCCACGAGCUCGCGAACACCGUCACACAGCAGACGAUCCCUUCCCUCUCAUCUGGUAUCCAACCCGAGCUGGUGGCGAUGGUGCCUACCAUCCCGGAGGGAGGGGACAACACUACGAUCGCUACUGCGGAGAUCCUGUUAAGCCCAAUCAACGCGUUGUAUGACGAGCAGUACCUGUAUGUCAGCAAUAGGUGGGAUCCGGACCCCGCGGGAGACACAGUGGCUAUCAUGACUCCCGACCCGCUGACGGUGAUCGCUCAGGUGCGCACGGGGUUGUACGGGAUCCGCGGGAUGAUGCUCGGCGGGGACCAGGAUCAGUACGUGAUCGUCGGCGGACAAGGUAGUGGGGGAGUAGCGGUAUACGAGCGCGUGAACGGAGGUGCCAACCUCACGCUUAUGGCAAGGCUCAACUCGUCGCUCGUAGAGGCGCCGACGACGUUCGUCUGGCUUGACUAGCUUGCGUGACUUGGCAGAGGUGGUAAA